CUUUUGUGUGCGAGUGGAAAAAAAGAGACCCAAGCCUGAGCAAGAGGGCAAGAGGGAAAGGCUGGAAAAGCAUUGCAGCGUCGGUGUGCACGGAAGGUGCGCCUAACCAUAUCUACUGCUGCUGCUUACAGUGGCAGUCGACGUAGUGCUACAGCUGGUCAUGUAACGUAACUCUAACACAAGGCAUCCACCCCCUUUAUCCCAGGAGCUGGCCGCACCACUGUUCCGCGUCGAUGUCCUGUGAACGACGUUUCUGCCGCCGACAAAUUGAGCCUGAAACGCCUGCCGUGAGAAAUUGUUGGGUUUAAGACUAACGUUGCAUCCGAGCGCUUAGCCCCGAGGCCUGCUGACGGUCAACAUGCAAGAGGUACAGCAGCGUGAGCCACGCUUUAGCCCAGUCGCGUCUUCUUUUUCUCGGGCGGAAAUGCCAACGGCUCAGUGCGUUCGCUGCCAUAGUAGCAGCAGUCGGCGCGACUUCACUGUCCUGCCAUGCUUCCACGCAGUAUGCCUGAAGUGCCUCGACGAAGUUCCCGACAAAGGUUGCGACGUGGUCGGCUACAAGUGCCCUGUUUGCCAGGAAAAUCUUUACGCUCUAUCUCAGUCGAUUCUCAUCAGUAACAUUCUGAAUGUUGUCCACGAGGACUACGAUUACAGCGCCUGCAGCAACUGCAAUGAAGGCAAACGGGCUUCGGGACGCUGCCGAGACUGCAACAACGAGCUGCUCUGCGACAACUGUGUUUGGGCCCACCAGCGGGUACGUCUCACCAAAGACCACGAAAUCGUGAGCGUCUCCUCCGACUGCACCGCGGCGUCGGCCAUGCCACCUGCAGACAGCCAAACAGGCCUUAAUCAAUCCUGGUCCGACCGCCACGACUGUCAGGUGUUGCGGCUUUACUGCGAGACAUGCUGCGAAGCUCUCUGCAGUGACUGCACUGUCAAGGAACACGGAUCUCAUAGCUUGGUGUACCUGCAGGAUGCGCUGAACAGCGCGCGCACAGCUGUACCGUCUACCCUGGCCGAUAUGCGCUCCGUCGUUACUGUCCUCCAAGAGAGCAUGGAACGCUCCCGCCGCAUGUCGGAACGCUUGCGUGUGCGUACCCAAAAUGUAGCCGCUGAAGUACGCAGUACUGCUGGACGCCACCGCGUCGCUCUGAACCAGCGCGAGCGAGACCUGUUGCAGCGGCUUGACCAGGCACAGCAAGUGAAAGAGCAGGCGCUUAAACGGCAACGUGACCAGCUGAGCGCGAAGCUUGAGCGUCUGGAACGAGCCGCCAGCGACCUGCAGCAGGCAGGUGACGAUCUGGAUUUGCUGCGAGCGCGUCGUGAAGCCCAAGCACAGCUGCAAGAGGCUCGAGACGCACCAACCGAGCCUGCCGAGGACGACCAUAUUGAGUUUACUGCACCCGACGGCGCGUUGCUGGCAGCUAUUGGCACUUUAGGCUUUCUCAGCAGCGCCGGAUACGGACCCAACUCGAGCGCGGCUGGCGAGUCGCUAGUGCGUGCCGUUCGCGGCCGUAGCGCUACAUUCACGGUCCACGCGCGCGACCACUUGGGCGAGUCUCGACUUCUGGGCGGGGACCCGGUCCAGGUGACGGUGCGCGCCCCGGACGGAACCCUAUGCCGCGCCGACGUUGUCGAUCGCCACGACGGCACCUACCAGGUGACCUUUCAGCCACAGCAGGAGGGUACGCACAUCGUCCGUGUCCUGUUGCGUGGAGCAGAUAUUCAGAGGAGCCCAUUUGCAGUUUCUGUGCGUGCCAGUCGCAACUACGCGGCCAUCGGCGAGCCUAGCCUCGUGAUUGGCUCUGAGGGCAGUGGUGACGGCCAGCUCUGUCGUCCCUGGGGUGUAUGCACGGACUCCCAAGGUCACAUCAUUGUUGCAGACAGAAGCAACAACCGCAUCCAAGUGUUCAAUGCAGAUGGAACCUUCCGCCUUAAGUUUGGCACUCGUGGGGAACUGCCAGGUCAAUUUGAUCGGCCUGCUGGAGUAGCCUGGGAUGAAAGCCACGGAGGGCGAAUUGUUGUUGCUGAUAAGGACAACCAUCGGGUGCAAGUUUUCGACUCUCGGGGCACUUUUCUUCUAACAUUUGGCGAAUGGGGCAGCAAGAGUGGUCAGUUCAACUAUCCAUGGGAUGUUGCAGUCAACUCGGAAGGACAUAUCUUGGUGUCAGAUACUCGCAACCAUCGAGUGCAGCUGUUCCAGGCAGAUGGAACCUUUUUGAACAAGUAUGGCUUUGAGGGGCCCUUGUGGAAGCAGUUUGACUCCCCACGUGGUGUGGCCUUCAUUGGCGACGGUCAUGUGGUAGUCACCGACUUCAACAACCACAGAGUGCUUGUGAUCCGGCCUGAUUUUCAGUCUGCAAGCUAUCUGGGUGGUGAAGGAAAGGAGCCAGGCCUGUUCCAGCGACCCCAGGGCGUGGCUGUUGAUCUGGAGGGUCACAUUGUGGUAGCCGACUCUCGCAACCACCGGCUGCAGGUGUUCCGACCUGAUGGCAAGCUGCUCGCCUGCUUUGGCUCCCAAGGUCAGGAGCCUGGCCAACUGGACCUUCCUUCGGGGCUCUGCAUCUCUCCUGAAGGCCGAAUCGUUGUUGUCGACUUUGGCAACAACAGGGUGCAGCUCUUCUGAAGAUGUAAGGAUGUGAUCAGGUCUAUGUGGCUGCUAGUGAUUUCAACACCUUUUGUGUUCCCACCUUUUGUUGCACUUUGUUUUUCUUGUAAUGGAAAGAAUUUUGUUCUUAUAUGUGCCUGAUGCUUUGCUUGUUUUGGAGAGGCCUCGUAGUUGCUAUUCUAAACCUGUUUAAAUAUGUGGGCCUGAUGGAGAAUCAAGCACACUAGUCAGGUGUGAAGAGCAUUCUGGGUCCCUGGCCCAUGUGCAUAAGCCAAUAUGAAUUGUGCAAUAACGUAAGGCAAUGCAGCUGCUCUUAUCACAUCAGUUUUAUAUGCCAUUUUAUUGCCUCGGAGUACCUGCCCAGCAGAAGUACGGCACUUUUUAACAUCUCGAGUGUUCUCAUUUGUGUGGUCACAGGUUUGCAAAGCGUGUCUGGAUGACUAAACAUUCGAGGUUCUAAAGCAACCCAACAAGUUCCUAUUUUAUACAGUAUUGUCGAUUUUAUACUCUGUGUUGCACUGGCCUGAUAGUCUGUGUUUUCACAAGAGUGAAGUUCCUAUGUGCCAUACCAUAAGGUUCCUUCUAAAUGUACAAAAAAAGUAUCAUGCUGCAGAAACUACAAAUAUGCCUCAAAUGUGGAAGAAAACCUAUGCCAAUUGUAAGAAAUUAACUUAUCAUUGCCACUGGUGGCAAAUAAGAGCUUUUACUCAUUUUGUUUGUUUCAGUGUGUCAACUCCAUUGCCACUGGAGGUGCCUUUGAUUGUGCUUGAAAUUGUUUGAUCAAUGUGUUUCUGUAUUGUAGUCCAGAUGUUUAGUUUUUUUGCCCACGAGGCUGUUACUCAGGACUGGCUGCUCUUGACAAGUGCCGAACUGUACACUUAUAGCACUAAAGAAAGCAUUGCAUGCUGUAGAGACCUUGGUCAGUCUGCAUUUGCAUUGCCUGAUGCUCAUUGUGAAAGAUCUGAGCUGUGCUGCAAAGCCCUGUUGCAGUUCAAGCACGUCUCUUUUGCAUUUUUUCUCUGCAGAGGUUUUGUUUUUGUUUUUAAGUGCAAAUGCAUGUAUGUGUUCACUUGUUUGCAAUUUGCAUAACUCCCUUUUUAAAUGCUUGUUUAGCUUUAAAAGGAGCGUUCUGUGAUAAAUGACGGGCAUUUUUGCAAUCUUUUUUUUUUCCCCUGGCUUUGAGGCAAAGCAGCACACUAUGUACUCACUGAUGGCCAAAAAAAAUAGGCUUGGUAUAAGAAAACGUAGUGUGCUUAAUGUAGGUCUUUGACGCCAUUAGAUUUUUAGAUAUUCCUGGCACCCAAGCUGCUAAAUUUUCUCGCUGUAAGCUACAUCUAAUGCACUGAACUACUUGGUGAAGCUUUCCAGGAACUAGUGAACAUUCCAAACCUUUCAUAUUGCUUGAGUGCUGUAAACUGAGCACAUUAUGGAAGAAUGAUCUUGAAAGUUUUUAAUGCUUUUCUUUUUGCCAGCAGUGCUGGCAGACAGUGCUGCUUUGGCAAAGUUUCAGAGGCAGAUUCUCAGGAAUUGUAAUUCUGCCUUGUUUUAUGCUAUGCUAUUUUUAUAAAGUUUGUGAUACGAGAAUAAAGUUCCUGAGUUUUUAUCAAAUGGCAUGACUGUUUCCCAUUUUGUUUCCAAUUAUUUCAAUUGCUUUCGUGGGUCUAGUCACCAUAACUGCAUGCUUUCUUGGUAUGUGUACUUAUGAUUUUUUAUUCGUUGACUGGAGGGUAUGAUGUCUCAAAGCAACAGUAGCUAGUGGAAGGCUCCAGAUUUUAAACUUGAGCAUUAACAUUAACCCAAAGCUUGGCGUUUGUCUUAGCUUUGUUCAAGCUGAGCUGCCAUGCAGCUGGUAAGAGCAAAGCAUGUCGCUUGCGUUUUGUUUUGGGCUUAUGAAGUCUGUUUUGGUUAUCUUGCAUGUAUUGUUGUGUACCCUGUUGUCACACUUUGUACAAGCGAUUAGUAUUAGCACUGUGAAGCAUUGGCUCACUAAGAAGUGAGCUGGUAUUUCUUUAGCUAUUGACUUCUGCUAAUGUAAAGCUAACAUGUCAAGGAAUGCAAGUGUUGUAUCUGUUAGCUGGCUCUAUUAGUGGGUGCAAAGACAGAAUUGCAGCUGGUCAGGAGAGACCAUGGGGUAAUUAAGACAUUGCCAACCAAGGUUUUACCUUGGUUGGCACUGUCCUUUAAUUGCUGCAAAUUUGUGGGAUGCAUCGGCUUUCUUAUAUGCAUCCUGGAAUUCAAUGGUGGUGUCUGCAUUAGUGUAUCAAGCCACUGCAGUGAGCUUGAUUCCAGGCUGCAUUCUGAAGCUACGAGGACAGCACUUUCAUAGCUCCCAUGCUCUGCAAAUUUUUGCACUUAUGUGCAUGGAGUUUCUCUCGAAUUUGUGCCACUUGAAUUUCAUAGUUCCUAAGCAUAACUUUCAUGGCUGCUUGCUACAUGUGGUUGAUGUUCCUACCAUUAACUUUUCCACUUGAGGCCAUUGCAUAACUGUUUGUGGUUUUAAAGACUUAGUUUCAUACAUCUUCACUGAGCCGUCCAACGGCAGCCAACUACCUCAUCGCACCUGUCUGUGAGUGACCGUCUGGGUCUACCUCCGAAUGUCUGAUGUAAUUUGAUAAACAUGGGGCAGCACUGACACCAUCUCAAGAGGUUCUGAAAGUUCCUAAUGUCAGAUAAGCAGCCUGGUGCACAGUAGGACAUUUGGGCAUUUACGUGAUGGAGUAAAUAAAACCUUACUAAAGGGAUGUGAAGCGCAGAGGUAGCACCGAAGCUUCUGCUAUUUUGAAUUUACGCAGAUGUAUCACAGUUCCUAAGUCGCAUUAGCGACGUCUCCAAGCAAGAGUUCCUAGGCUUCAAGAAGCAAUUCACUUUUUUAAUGGGCGAUGUUCCUGUACUGUGUGUUAUGGAGCCUGUAUGCCUCUUUUUGGGAGCCAUACAGCAACAAUUUUACCUCGCUUUGUCAGUUGGUCACGAUACCUGCCUGGAGCUACAAAAUGAAACCUGUUGCAUGCCCACAGGGAAAUAUAUUGCAUUGUGGUGGUGCUGCACCUGGCGUUGACUAGAUGCAAAUAUAUGUCUAGUGGCGUUAUUUGUACCCUCGCGUGCGUAAGCAUGCAUCUUCCGCGUAGCUCUUGCGUCGCGGCUCAACAAAGGGCCACCACAAGGUGAACACUUAGGGGGACUAAGUCCCUGCCACUCUUAUAAAGCUCUCCUAAGAGGCGUCUUUGUGUUUUGAUUGUGUCGUUUAGCAUUGUAAGUUGAAUGUGAUGUGCUCGCAUGGGGUUUGACCCUAUCGCGGUAUUUUCGCUACUUGAGAUCGAUACGCGUGGCGUACAAUUCUGCUGUUUGUCAAAGUUCUUGAGCCGAGGGAGCCUCGCGUAUGUACGCCACGACAAUUUCUAGUCUUUUCUUUUUUUCGUCAAAAAAUUAUUGUUCCGGCUCUCCGUAGGGCUUUAGACAGUGAUGCACUGAACGCAGAAAGGCUGGUUUAUUUUCUCUUCGCGGCGCUCACUUGGGCAGAAAGAGGGCGCGGUGCGUCUGCUGCGAAAAGUCGCCUGCAAUUUUUAGUGUAAAGGUUUGAUCCAUGGUCUCACGCUGAAUUAUAAUGGCAGAUCCAGAGCAGUACCCCAGCUGUCCGAAUCUUGCUUUUGUAGCACUCGCUCGCACAAACUUAUGCGAAGAAUACCCGCCAACCCUUUCGGCUUGUCGGCAUUUGCUAAACGAUUUCGGAUGCGCUGGCACCAGCUCCUGCGUCCGCCGCACCAGCUCCUGUCCUGAGGCGGCAUGCUGAAAGGCGUGCGGAACUUUCGUAAAUUAGGUGAACAAAAUUCGAACAAGAACUAAAAAGACGGUAUGACCAGCUGUCGACUUACCUUUUCAUGUGAGCCGUGGUGAAGCUGUCGGGGUUUGCGAGCGGUAAAAGAUCGUCUAAGGCAUUUGAUGAUGGUGACGAUGUGUAAUAAAUGCUCAUUUGCAGGCGUUGACAUCACUGUGGUAAGCCAGGAAAAAAUAAUUUUGUUCCCUCCAUCGCUGUGGUCGUCUAUACUGGAUUCUUCACUGCUUCAAUUUGAGAGGCUGGUUUUCGAGUCAACACUGUCUUAAGCAGGAUAAACUGCAGCGCAAUAGUGCGACACGAAUGCUUAUCCAUGGCUGCAGCAAAACUACAAAGUGUGCAUUUGUUGACUGCUCUUUUAAGCGAAGGAUUCUGGUGCUGUUCUGCACAUUGUCAUAUCCCGCCACAUGGUCGAAUUCUGCAGUGGCAGCAUGUUGAGCCAAUCAGAGCCGACAAGCAGCAAAUUCGACGAUAUGGCGGACUUCUACAAUGCCCUGAAUAGUAUUGCUGGUCAACGAUCGCUUUAUACGCUGUGCACACUUCCGUUCGAAUCCGCCGAUUUCAACGGAAAGGUCGCAACUGCUUUACGGAGCCAUCUCCGACUGUAGGUCCGUUCUCAAUCAGCCAUUGCAGAAUAUGGUGUACACUCCCAGUCUGACAUUUGAGCAGAAGUGCUCCAAAAAAGCAUAAUGCUUCGUUCAGAAAAUGCUCUGAAUGCGCCAUUUAAGUUCAGCGUGAGCCUGUCGUGCACCUAAUCAGACAGCUGUCGUCCUUUCCCUGUGGACACAUGCCGAGAACACGUCUGUCGAAAAUCGCUCGAAUAACGAUGGACUUGAGACAGCAGCCAUCUGGACCAUGCACAGGGAGUGCCGAGAGCGCCUAAUGCAAGCUUUUCAUGGGGAGCCGAGUUCUUUGCUCAUGUAGUCGUUCUUUCAAAAGACUGUUGUGCGCGACGCAGUAAUAUUCAGUGCAAGCGUCAUUCGGGGCGCUCCGACAAAAUAAAAAGAAUCGUCCAGGGGACCGAACUAUACAGAGAACGCUGUUGGAGUUAGCCUAGCUACAUCUACAUGGAAGCACAAAGUGCCGAGAAGACUAGUUUAGCAGGACCCCCCUCCCCCGUCCCCCUUCCAGCUUGGCUGCUGGUAUUGGAGAAGUGUCUCACGGCGAGAGCUAUUUUUUUGACAAGAGCAAAGCUCGGGGCGUGGACUGGUUACUUUACGUGCUAUACGAGCGCUUGCAAUAAUGUUCCUACGUACAGAGUUGGUCAGGCGUAGCGUUUUCCAAUUCUAAACUAUUCGUGUUUCUCUUUUUUUUUUUCGUAUUUGUAUUUGUCCGCGUGACUAGUGGGUUUUCAAAACCCAAAACUACAUUGUCGAUUCCUGAUAUUUCAGCCCGCCCUCUAAUUUUCUCUUCCUUUUUCGAGCCAAUACUCGAGUUUUUUGUUCUUGUUCUUCUGCGCUACUAACGUCCCUGUGUGGCCCGCAACGAACAUUUCUGUGCUCGUUCGCGAAGCGACAUUUAUUUAGUACAGAACAGAUGAAGUUAAAGAGCACAGUCAUCUUUCUCUUUGUACGCUGCGGCCGCAAUAGUGGACUCAGGUGCUGUAUCAGCAUUCCCUUCGUUUUCUUUUUCUUUUCAAGGCAUAUUUUAGAAGCAAACAGCUCAACAGUCUAUCGCCGAAGCGAAUUUUUCUUGCCUUUUAUUUCUCUUGUUAGCUUAAAUCACACUGACGAGCGAUGGAUUUAUUCUAGCUCCUUCGUCGCGUACUUCAGUAGAAAUCACUGUAUUGAAUCCACGACUUCUGAAAGGAAAAAAAAAUGUUUAGAAGGACGGAGCAUGGUCCUGUUUGUGCGAGAGAUAAGUUCUGUUCCUGAGAUGACGAAUACCUGGUCCAGGGGCGUUGAUCACGGCGUGCACUAUGCCAAGCGUCUCCCUGAUACUCGUAGCGCACAUGUCUCCUGUGACCAGAAUAUGUAGCGGGGGAACAAGACUGAGCAGGAAAGAAAGAAAAAAAAAAGCGACACUGUAGUGCUCAAGGCAUCAUAUGCCUGAAAACGAUGAGUAUAGUUAUGUCGAUGAAUUAUGUGUAUAUGUGUGUUAUCUAGCGUCAGUGAUGUUUCCCAUACUGUGUCAUUGGUGGAUAUAAUGAUGCUUACUGUCGUGCAUUGCACUUAUGUGAAUAUGACUGUGCGAACUGUUCUCCAUGUGAACUCGGAAGUGAUGCACAUGACUUGUAUCGUUCACUUGUUUCUGCGGUCGAUAGAAAUGGCUCUCAGCAGCGAUGUUCCUAACAUUGUCACUAAUUCUAAAAAAAAAAGAACAGAGACGAAAAAAAUGAGCAUUCACUUUUUCUUCUUUCUUUUUGAGGUCGUCCGCACUUUGUUCAAAUGGUAGUUCCCGAUACCAAAUGCUCCGUAUCGCCGUAAUUAACAUUGUUUUACUGGGUGCUGGGUCUGCUUAUUAUGUGGCUAUCAACAAUAAAGAGAAAGAGUUGGAUAUGUAAGCCAAUUAAGCUGCGGGCAUGACUAUACGCUGGUGCAUAAUGAAGACGAAUAAGGACGCUUACUAUGGUUUGCGCGUAGUAAGCGUCCUCAUUCGUUUCAGAAAAAGAGGGAGAGAAGAAAAACAGUUGUUGCAUGGUGGAGGACUGCUAUAUAUUAAAUGUUAACGCAUUAACAAAUUAGCGCAUAUAGAAUGUAUCAGCGCUUUAAAAUCGGAUGCAUGUGACUCCUGGACUGAAACGCGCUUAUUACAUCCCUGCCUGGAGCCAUUUAGAUCAAAUACUGUUGCACAGGUCGUAUGCCGUGCGCUAAACGCAUAAGAGUUGAUUGUUCCGAAAGGCGGUUGGCUACGACUCAGCCAGCAGAUGAGUUCCCCGCCGGACGCGACCGAAAGGGAUAUGCUUGGUAGAAUUCCUUUUCCUGCUUUGAAUUUGCAUCCCAAGCUCUGGCACGCUAACCAGUGGUCAAAAUGCGACGCUCGUCUCGUCCUUUCCAGCCUUCACGACGCUGGCUAGGCAGACUUCCUCAUCCUCCACUUAACCCUCCCGUCUUCCAUUGUAGCCGUCCAACACUAAAAGUGUGCGCAGGGCGCAGUCUGCCGCCAAGCGGCGCACAGCCUGCGCAAGCGGCAAGGCACAUGGCGAAGCAGAAGAGUCCGAUAAUAUCGCAGAUGCGAACGCAUUCGGUGUGCUGUGUCAAGUCAGGACCCUUUAAAACAAAGCAGUGCUACAUCUAAUUAAAUAUUUAGUUUUGCCGGCCGGUCUCAGGCUCAUAGCGGGUACCACGUGCGAAACUACUGCUCGAGAGCUCCUGGCAGCAAGACACACGGCCAACGGCCGUCUGCUCGAAGCAUGACUAUGUGUCACUAUAUACUGACGCCGAAAGCGUAAAAACACGUUGCUCGUAAGGCCUCCCAGUGCAGCGUACGUUGCUCCUCUUGGUGUAUCUGGAAGAGCGAACCGUUGCCCCUGCGUAAACACAAGAUAGGGCCAGACUUGUGCGUAACGGCUACAUGUAACCAAUUAAUUACUUGUAAUCAAUCACAUUCUUUUAGUUUUGUAAUUGAUCGAUUACUUUCUUACUCGGUAGUGCUCACUGUAAUUCAAUCACUUUUUUUCAGUAACCAGUUAUUUUAUUGACGAUACUAGCUGAAACGGGGCGCGCAGCUUUGAGCACUUGAAUUUGGCAAGAACUGCAACAGAACGCCCACGGUCGGUGCUACGCGCAGCAGCCUUGCAGAUCGGCAUGUUCAGAUACGCGAAUCCCCCGUGCGCUCCGUAUUUGUUUCCUCAUCUUGACGCUCCACCAGAUGAGUGGAACCGGCGGUGCUACGGCUUAAAAGCGAUGGCCACGUAACACGUUGAUGCCAGGAAGGUAGUUAUGGACGAUUUUUUUUAGCUUUUCGUUGGCCCUAUACCAGGAGCGGUAGGGUCAAUAAAAUAUCGGCCAAUGAAAUAUCGGCCCUACCGGUAGAUCUAGCAGGUUCUAAUUAUUGUGUAUAUGCAAUGUUAAUAGAAGCUGGAAGGAGAGGAACAGAAGUAAUCGGUUACUUUUCAGUAGUAAUUCCUCAGUUACUUUGUUGGGGCAGCAAUUGGUCACUGUAAUCAAUUGAAUAUUUAAUUAUGCAAUUGUAAAUGGUCACUUUCUUUUUUUCUUGUGCAAAGUGUACAAGUCUGGCUAGGGCGGAGUAACCAUGCGGAUAAAGCAUGUUGAUGGAGAAGUCUUUCUGUCGCGUUUCUUGCUGAAAUGCAGUAAGUGUGUAGCAUAAAUAUCCGUCUCUCGUGCGGCAUUGUCCGCGCAUUCCGAGACCUCUGCGCGCAUUAUGAGCAACGCAUCUCAGAAACGAGGUGCUUAUUGUUUAGCUGAGCUUAUCUAGACCUGUUUGAUAACAGCGCGCCGGUUCGUAAGGGGGUAUUGGAGCUGCACUGGUUCGUUUUAUGUUCCACGUGUUCUUUUACUUUCGUUUGUAGCUGGCGCAUCUAACGGAGCUGCUUGGAGAGCCUAGCAAUAUCACGCGGGGUUCACAAUCUCGCUCGCCGCAGCGCGACUGGACGGUUGCAAAAGGAGAUGGAAGAACUGAGAGGAGAAAGAGCGAGACAAGCUUGGGUGUUUGGAUGGAGGCAGCAAAUGUGGACUUGUGCUGAACUAGCGGUGCUUCGUUAUGCUACUGGGAGUGAUGUCGGGGAUCCGUUUCCUGACCACAGCGGCCGCACACCGGCGACGGCGGAUUGCAAAAGCGCUUGUGCACUCAAUGCGCAUUAACAUCACUAGGUGGCGGAAACCUCAUUUUAUAGUCCAGAUAUAGUUUCGAUAAGACGCCAAUCAUGUCUUAUUAUUGGAGGUAGUCACCCUAACUUGCCGCCCUGGCUAGGUACAUCGAACAAACCUAGUCAUGAAGGAAAAAAAGUGUCAAAGAUGGUACUGCCCGGUCGCCGAUAGGUUCAUCGGCGCGCGGCAGGAUAAGCCAGAAAACACUGCGGUUCGCGUUCACGUGCUUAUUCUUUCCUUUUGUUUUAUUUAGACAGGUGUUAAAUUAUAGAACCAAAAGCUCUCUAACUGGUCGCUAUAUACCUCUGUUCGGCUGAAAUCUGCGAUAGCUUUUGCCUGAAACCGUCAAGCUUACGAACAAAUCGAGUGAGCUCGCCUCUGUGAGUUUCAGGGGAUGAACAGUUCAGUGGUUAAAGAAUAAGAAGCAAGUUAUGGGAAGCAGUUGGACUUUUAAGCAAUGAACAGGGACGCCCUCCUCAACCUCUUCAGAAUUUGGGCUCCUAUGCCUUGCAAGGUGAUAAAAGAGCUGCGUAAUUUUCCGUGCGUCACCCGGGACUGAAUAUUCCUUCCUACGCGUCGCAAACGGCGCGGUGCAGUUCCUAGAGCUACCGGGUGCGCCCACAUUCCCGACCCAAAAUGAGCUGACUUCCCGGAACCCGACGGGGCUCUGUAACGGUGCGUCGAAGACGCCCGGACUAUCCGCCGCCGAUCCCCUUUCCCUGCCGAUCCCCCCCAACAGGCCGUGCACGAGUUGACGCGCAGCGUCGACCCCGCUCGAGCCCCGACUCCCACCUAACCCCACGUAGCUCUCUGUAAUCCGCGUGUACCAUCGUUGUCGUGGCUGGUUCAAUGUUGCGUGUCGUUGUGUCUCUUUUCCUAUAUGAUAGCGAGUCAGCCGCGCUGACAGGGGUACAAAGCACACCUCAGAACUAAGUUCGAGCUGAUUUGUAACGCGUCGACUAUUAACCAAGUUCCUAUAGGAUCCGAAGUGUGAAACUUCGCGCUGAGUGCCACUAUACUAUUCUACUCUUAUAUACACUAUAUACUCGAAGACGACUAUAGAUGCAAGGACUCUGCGGAGCUCUGUCAUAUGUUCCUAUCGAAACAGCAUGCGUGUGUGUGUGUGUGUUGAAACGCAAGCUACAUAACUGUUAUAUUUACGCGCCUGACGAAGUCAGCGCAGCGAACUCCUAAAUGUGCACGAAUUGACAAAUUUGCCACAAGCGACACAGCGCGCACGCGAAUUUGAAAUCGCGCUGAGUCUACCCCGCUCUUGUCUUCGCGCUCGCCUCUUGGCAUCACGAACAUUCAGUGUCUAAAUCAUGCUUUGCUAAAAGGAAAUGUUAUUUGUUUGAAACGCACUUGGAAAAUGUCUACCGAGUCGUGUGAACUUUAAUUUUGACGCUGUCCCUUUGUGUUUCGAUCUGUGUGUAUGUUCGUGAACAUGGUAAUCUUUUAUUAUUAUUACUAUUAUUAUUAUUGUUUAAGGGGUAAUAAAAGUGUCAUUUAUUCUA